AUGGCUUGCAAAUAUGCACCGACGAUAGCCCAACAACCUGUGCUGACUUGGCUUUGUCCGAACAGUAUCAAGAAGCCCAAGACCAACCGUUACCCUUCCCUCAAGGGUGUUGACCCCAAGUUCCGCCGCAACCACCGUCACGCCCUCCACGGUACCGCCAAGGCCCUGAAGGAGCGCAAGGAGGGCAAGCGUGAGGUCGCAUAA